AUGCCUUUCACCGCAAGGUUAGUCAGGCUUAUAGCCAAAGAGAGAGUGUCAAGCUUUUUGAUACAGUAUCUAACAAGUGUAGCUAGUGACCCUUGCAAGAUUAUUCUUGCCAUAAUCAUGCCUCCUCUCGGCGUUUUCGCAGAAAGCGGAUGUGGAACAGACCUUUGUUUCAAUAUAUUACUUACAUGCUUGGGAUUUUUACCUGGCAUCGUCCAUGCCUUGUACAUUAUUAAGAAAUACUGA